AUGGCGGCGUGCCGGCGAGCCGCUGUCUCCUGCAACCUCGUCGGCCCACCAGUGGGGUUCCUCCGCGCCGCAGCUGCGCUCCCAUCGGUGCUGCUAGCGUUCGCGUCCGCAAGACCGCCGCCGGCGAAGCGGCUCACGGAGAACCACGACAGCACCCCAGCCGCGAGGGUCGCCUCCCUCCUUGUCGACACGUGGGCCGCCGAGCCGAACACCGCGCUCCAUCUCGCGUGCAACCUCCUCGGCGUGCGCGGCAUGGGCAAGUACGAUCGCACGGGGUUCUACGCCACCGCGCUCUUGAUGCACGAGUGCCACCCCGCCCCGCUCGCCCUCAACGCCCCCUCCAUCAUCGAGUUCGGCUACCUCAAGGUCCUCCUCGAGAUCCUCCACCGCAUCAGCCACGGCGGCGGCGUGUCCACCAACACAACGAGGAAGAAGGAGCUCGAACGGAAGAUCGAGAGGAGGUGGUGCGCGGAGGCCGCCGCAAGAGCGGUCGAACGGUACCACCGUGAUCCAAACUACCGGUUCCUGCACGACUGCACGGCGGACAUAUUCGCCGAGCUCCUCGCUGGGGACCUGCGAAAGCUCGCCGACGGCAAGCUCAAUGAGAUCUCCCUCGCCGGACACCGCGAGGCCAUCGCGUGUCGACUCUUCCCCAAGGGAUUGGCACCCGAUCUCCCCGAGGACAUGGCGGACGAGCACUAUGUGUACGAAGUCCGCAACUGCCUCCGGAAGGUGCUCGCCUCGCUGCGCCCCCCCCCCCCCCCGCUCCCGAACAUCUUCAUCACGGCUCAAGUGUGGGGCGUCGUCGUGUACCCGCGCGUGGUGUCUAAGGCCAUGAGGAAGUACAAGGAUCUUUUCUUCAAGCACGACACCAAGCGCUUCAAGCUCUACCUUGCCGACGUCGAGAUCGGCAAGGCGAAGAUUGCGGCGGGCGCUCUGCUCCUGCACGAGAUCCUGCAGUGGGAGCGCAUGGUCAAUGACCUGCGGGCGCUCAGCAAGCUCAGCAACUGCAUCGCCAUCUAUGACGUGUUGGGCAACAUGAGUGGUGUACUCUUGGAUGUCUGCAUCGCGCUUAGCCUCCUCAUCUCCAAGCUUAGUGAUGAGCCGUGGCACCACCGGCUCAUCACCUUCAGCGCAUGGCCUGAGAUUCACCAGAUCACUGGCAAGACCCUUUGGGAGAAGACAAUCUUCAUCCGCCAGAUGCACUGGUUGAUGAACACGGACUUCCAGGUGGUGUUCGACAAGCUCCUCAGCAUCGCAGUCGCCGAUAACCUGCCACCUGAGCAGAUGGUAAGGAAGGUGUUUGUGUUCAGUGACAUGGAGUUUGACUAG